AUGGUGAAUGUUAGCUUGAAUGGGAUCUACGAGGUAACACUGUCGGUGACCUGCGCCGCCUCAACCAAAGGAAACCAAUUCUUGUUUUCUCUAACAGCUUUAAACUUUCUCCUCGCCAUUUCAGCGUCUCUGGGAAAUGCUGUAAUCUUUUUUGCCUUGCGAAAGAUUUCUUCUCUUCAGCCAGCAUCCAAACUCAUGUUUCAAUGCCUGGCAGUUACUGAUUUUUGUGUUGGCGUUUUUUCUCAACCUUUGUUUGCCGUCCAGUUGUUGUCGAUAGCAAAUCAGCGAUUGCAGCUUUGUUACAUUCUUGUGAGCAUCAAUAACGUUGCUGGGAAAGCUCUAAGUGGAGUGUCGUUGUUCAUUUUAACUGCAAUAAGUUUAGACAGACUUUGUGCUCUUUGUUUGGGAUUGACUUACAAGAGUGUCAUAACUUUCAGGCGAACACGCACGAUGAUUAUUUGGAUUUGGCUUUUGAACAUUUCCCUCGCCAGCCUGAGACGGUUUUGGAGGCUUGCUUUGAUGACCAAAGUAAUGUCUGCAUUCAUAUCUUCAACAAUAAUAAUCUCAGCUAUCUCCUACUUGACGAUCUACCUUAAACUACGCAAAUAUUGCAAUACGCUGCGAGCCUCUGAUCAAGAUGACCAAUCGAACGUGCGAAGGAGUGCUUUCAACAUUGCCAAGUACAGGAGGACAGUGUGCACUGGGUUGUACGUACAGGUAGCAUUAGUGACCUGCUACCUUCCAUUUGGAAUAGUAAUAGCUUUAGCGAGCACUCGCGGUUACAACUCAUCGUUUAACGUUGCUGCUCGACUGACAAUCACUCUUGCUUUACUUAAUUCAUCAUUAAAUCCCAUUCUCUACUGCUGGAGACUAAGAGGAGUUCGACAAGCAGUGAGGGAGAUUAUAAGACGCCCAAGUCAGUUAUCUUAG